AUGACAUUCUCCGAGAUCGCGGGACGGCUGCUGAAAGGAUCAGGUCACUCGCAGCCACCGCCUAGCAAAGGCCAAUUACCCGGCUUCGUACUUUCACCGGAGAGGGCCAGCGGCUCACCAGUCCUCUCCUCGCCCGAAUCCGACAGCAGUCGAGUUAUUGGCUGUGGAGGCAUGGUCAACAAUACCUUCUGUGAACCUAGAGGACACUCCAUCGUAUCUUCUUGGACCAAAGCCCGACCCCUAUCAGACAUUCGUGAACUUACCGAGCCAAGCUUGGCGGAUACAGCACCACGAAAACUCGUUUCUAUCAACAAUCAGCGAAGCACAUCUCGCACAGAGCUUUCGCGGAUGCCAUCCGCCGCGUCCAGGCGCCGUCCGAGCAUUGACACUCGCCAUGGCGAGAACAAGGAGCCAGACAGAAAGUACAGCAUUGACAGCAAUGGCAUUAGAUCCGCCUACCGAGGGCGAUCCUCUAGAACACCGUCACCACAAAGUCCCGUAGACAAUAACAGCAUUUCCAGUAUAUACAGCAUACCACCUAGCAGUGUUCCGCCGCGAUCAUCGUCGCGCACUCGAGCACGCAGUGUCUCGCGAACUCGGCCCACGCCGCAAAAACCGCCAUUGUACGGCACACAGCGGAUACCAGCAACCACAUCCCUCAAUACGAUACCUACUAUACCGCUACCGCCCCCCAAAGGCUGCAGUAACACAAUACCUAAACGCGGUCAAUCGCAGUCCCCUUUACGUCAUGUCGCUGCGCGCCUUGAUCCCAUAACCCAUGAUACCAACCGACGCAUACCUUCCAGAACAUUUAUUCGCGAGCCACUUUCGAAAGAGCUUCUAGAAUUCCCAUCACACAGACACCCUCGAAUAGAGCUUGGCCUAGAUUUAUCCGCGGGCAUAUUUGUCGGUGGAGGCUCAAUCGAGGGAACCGUGCAGAUCAACGUCGACGACGCCGAGCGAAUACGUCAUAGAAGGACUCUGGAUAUUGCUCGGAUAUCCAUCGACCUGAUUGGACUGGAGGAAAUGAGUGGGAACCGACGGUGUGUGUUUUUGAAUCUUGCAACCGAACUUAUCGAUGCGGAGAAUCCGCCGCCUCAUAACAUGGUCGAUACCCAGGAGCCUAUCGGUUCACAAGAUCUAUUCCGGCAUUUGAUGCCUUCUGUUACGAAUCUUGCUUUCAACUUAAGUCUGCCUCUCAAUGUUGGACCUCCGCCGUUCCAGUCGAAGAAUGCAAGAAUACGAUACCUCCUCUGCGUGUCGCUGCUUAUACGCGAUCAAGGGAAGCAAUACAUUGUCAGGACCUCUGAAAAUGUUACAGUUCUCUCUGUUUAUGAUCCUGAAAAAGCUCUGAUGUCACUCCCAAGUCCAUUGACUGCUUCAGACGAGUGGAUCAAGCCCCGUGAGACUACUGUCGAAGUGGUUCGGGCGACUGCAGGACUGCACCGGCAGGUCUGGGUUAGCGGCACAAGUAUAUACGUCGAUGUUCACAUCGUCAACAAUAGCCGAAAGACGAUCAGAAAAAUUGAACUUCAGUUGGAGCGAGACAUACUUUGUUACAAACACGCUGCUGCUUCGACAAUGGAGAAGUCUGCUGGCCAGGCUCGAAUCUUCGACAGCAACGAGCGUUCCAUUUUAAGCAAAACAUUGGUCAAGCACGGUUCUGCGGGUUGGCAUGGAGUUCCAGCGCACCAAACUCACAUUCGCACCUGCGAUCUUGAGGUUCCCCGUGGACAUGCUACGGUCAAGUGUGGCAAAUACUUCGAAGUGCGGUACUUCCUCAAUGUCAUCGUUGGUAGUGCUCAUACCAAGUUGGUGACUGUCCAACUACCAAUCGUGCUCAUUCACAUGAAUUCGCUCGAUGUAGUGCCCAAUUCUGUUGCUCAAGUCGCAAUGGCUAUUGAGGAAAAGCGUACAGCCCAUGCUUUUCAGCGAAGUCACUCACCACCACGUCUCGGUCGCCGUCCCUCACAAUCCGUCCAAGGCCGUGCUUUUGCAGCUCCCCGCAUGCAAUCUCUCGAUCGAAUGCGCGCUCAAGUCGAGGACAUGCAAGAGCUAGGGCAGGUCUUGGAUCAAAGCCCCCGCAAGCACGGGCUACGCCGCACUAACUCAAACUGGGACUAUCGCACCCCACCAUCGAAUCGUAAAGGCAGAAUACUUGGCGACGGCGAGGCAGCCGAUUUGCAGAACCGUCUACGGAGAGUACGCUCGAAUGAUACUAUUGGCUCGAAGCCAAAUUUGCAUGGAGUGAGCUCGGCAAGAUCGAAUCGCGGUGCUUCAUCAGCCCUCGGGUUCAGAGAAGCGGAAGUCCGCGAAGACAUGGAGCUUGCCGGCUUGACCGUUUCGGGUGAUGGUCCAUUCAAGCAACGUCUCGAGCGAAGCCGUGAGCGCCAGUACCGGUUCAGCAAGAAAAAGAGUGUUGAGCGCUGGAAAGGCGUCGCAAACGUUGGCGUCGGGUGGCUCAAGGGCAAUGGAGGAGCGAAAGACGAGCGAGAGCGUGAUGGCUGGGUUUGA